CACCUGACGUUCUUAACAAACGUCAAAAAGGGCAAACUAGGCAAGAAACAAGUUAUGAAAAAAUAAAUAAAACCUUUUUCAUAUUCGUCUUACGAUGUUAGUGGCACAAGGAAUUAUAAUGCGCUACUAGACAGUUGUAACAAAGUUAUUACUAGUAACAAAACAAAGGAGAAAUAUUUCCAGUUUACACUGCGCGAACAUUAUUGUCGAAAUGGAUGAUAAUUUAUGGCUUAUUGAAUUAGAGUCAGCGCUCUUAGAUGACUGCAAUGUUAACGACAUUUAUGCAAUUUGCCGUGGUAAAUCCAUUCCGGAGGCUCUGCGCCCCGAUGUUUGGCAAGUGUGUCUCGAUGUGCGUCACAAAAGCGAUCAAAUGUCACUCUUCAAUGAAAUUUUCGAUCUACCUUUUCAAAACACAUUACGUGAGGACUGUCAAGUGGUAGUAGAUCGCAUUGGCAACGAUGACGAAGACAAGGUUUCAGUGAUUUCUGAUUUGGAGUCGAUUCUCACAUUCUAUUGUAAGAAUCGAAAUCUUCAGUAUGAAAGGAACAAUGGCUGGAUUGAGUUGUUAUUGCCAUUGUUGGCAUUGAAAUUAAAUAGAUCGGACACAUACAACCUGUUUGAAGCCAUACGAGAUGCAUACAUCCCCAAGGGCUGCAAACCCAAAGGCAAUGUUUUUCACGUGUUUCGUCUACUUAUACUGUAUCAUGAUCCAGAAUUGUGUACUAUGCUGGAUACGAAGAAAGUUAUACCAGACUUGUACUCUAUGCAAUGGUUCCAGUGCUUAUUCGCUUCGAGCUGUGGUCUAUCGGUUAUUCUUUCGAUGUGGGACUUGUACUUUCAGCAUGCAGACCCUUUUAUGGUGUUUUUCUUGGCCUUAAUUAUACUUAUUAAUGGGCGCGAAAAAAUAUUAGCAAUGAAGGAUUCGCCGAAGGAAGAAUUGGUUAAAUUCCUCUCGAAUAUGCCUUGUGCUCUUGAGCCGGAUGAUGUAGUCGAUUUUUGCUCACUUGCUCAGUAUUACGCGCUGAAGACACCAAGCUCGUUCAAAACAGACUUCUUAAAAGCUCUUUACGGUUCUCAAAGUGAGAAAGAUCGCAGUAAUGAACCCUGUACCGUAUCGCAGGCGUUGUGUCUUCCAGUAUCGGUCUAUGAAUUAGUAGAUAAUUCAUCAAUAGAAUUAACAACCCCCGAUGCCGUUCGAUUCUUUUUGGUUGAUUGUCGUCCUGCAGAUCAAUACAAUGCCGGCCAUCUGUCGACAGCAUUUCAUCUUGAUUGCAAUUUAAUGCUUCUAGAGCCAAUUGCUUUCUCUACAGCUGUGCAAGGCUUGCUGAAUGCGCAACGUCAGGCUAUUGAAGCAAACUCGAAUGCCGGUGGCGAACAUCUUUGUUUUAUGGGAAGUGGCCGAAUGGAGGAGGAUCAGUAUACGCAUAUGGUAGUGGCUUCAUUUUUACAAAAGAACACACAAUAUGUGUCAUUGCUAACUGGAGGCUAUAUGGCCAUACAUGAUUAUUUUGGAGACCAUAUGGCCGAUUGUCUAGAAGACCACGACGUCAAAAAGUGCAUUGUUUGUUCGAAAAAUAACGUUGAACUAAGGAAUCCAAGGCAUGCGGGACAAACCCAACAGUCGCGACGAGACUCCCAUCGACCAACCUCCGAUAUAUUUAGUAGAUUUUCUGCAGCAAUGAAAAUGAAAUCAGUCGAAGUGAAGGACAAACUCUUCGACAUUAUUACGAACCCAUCAAAUGGUGCUGGUACCACCGGUGGCAAUCAUCACGCUGCUAGUGCAAGUGGCCAAUCGGCCGUUCAGGAUCACCAUGUUUCGGCUACUGAACGCAAUGGAAAGCGAUAUCGAAAUGUAGCGCCUGUUUUUAGCAUUGACGAUGAAAACGAUGACCAUUACAACGAUCAUGAAGUAAAUGAUUCUCCUGAUAUGGCUGGUUCCAAGUUGCCCGGUGACGCCAAAGAGAUUGUCAUUUUGACUCAGUACUUAAAGUCGCCGGAUAUCAUAAAUGCAUUCCGCUGCCAGGAAGUGCAUAUGAAUGGGUACAUGUACGACAGUCAUUUGAUUAUUACAGCGACACACUUGAUUGUGUUGCGCGAACUUGGACGUGGGCAAGCUCAGAUAAUUGUUCGACGCCCCCUCUCUAGUAUAGUAAAAAUAACUGCUAAAAAACGACACCGCGAUUUAAUUACAUUCAAGUACGGAUUUCCGAAUGGAGAUGGUCUUCUUAUUACUGACAUGGAUCGAUUCCUUAUUCCAAAUGCCAGUGAAGCGACUGCAAUCGUGUCGAAGCACAUCGUCCAAACGUUAGACGGCUCUAAAUUAACGUAAUGUAAUUCUUGUGACUUUGAUUUUACCGUUAAAAACUAAUUGUAUUGAGCGGUGAGGCGUGGGUUGGUAACUUUAUUUGAUAAAAAAAGAUUUUAAUAAUAAUCGAUAUACCUACUUAUGUACAUUUUAAAUUCGAAAUUCAAGUCAAUAUGUGUAUGGUUUGUGCAAAAAUAUUUUGUGGAAAACGGAAAAUUUGACGAAUAAUUGGGUGUUCUAUGUUUUUUAGAACUAGGGAGAAAGCCACUUUUUUGAUAUAUUAGAGACAAUUUCUCUUAUCCUUCCUGUCUUGUUGUUGUUUAACAGCAUUUCCUAAUAUAUGUACAUAUACAACUUUUGUGGAAUUAUUAUGCUCUUCUAGUAAGAGGAACACAUCAAGUGACCGUCACUUGUCUCUUUAAGAAUUAUGUUAUAAACGUCUCAAAUGUGCAUUGUCUAAAAGUAUGUCUUACGUUUGUAUGUGUUUAAUGUUUGAAAUGUACGUUAACUAAAUUUUCUUUUACGCUGUAACCGAAUCUCUUAAAGAGUCACACGAAUUCAAGCCUUCAGUUUGUCAUGCAAAAAUACGUUAAUGAAAAAUAGAUAUUCGACGAGGUAUAUUUUUCAAUUGAGUUUCUUCACGAUGAUGGAAUAAAGUGGUAAAACUAUUGAAUACACACUUUUUAUAAAAAAAUCCCAUACGUAACAGCUAACCAAUUCCCAGUGAGAUAAAAAAUAUUAUGUAUGUAUACAUGAAAGCUAAAAUAUGCUUCACAAACAACAGUAGAAAAGAUGUAGCCAAAUAAAGAAAACUAUGUUAGAUUUUUA